UUACUCUUACAUUUACACUCUCAAAGCGUUCGUAGUGUGUGCACUGUGCAAUUCUAUACAAGUAUACAGACCAGAAGCCAUCGUUAUCAUCAUUCAUUCAUUCAUUGACCUGUCAUCCACCGUACAUUUUUCACCACCAUCGAAUUCCUAAGCUCAUUAUAUUGUUUGGCUUUCGUUAAUGGCUGAAACCCUAGGUUCUGGUUCUAAAAUGAAGCACGAGAGUAGUAUGAGAGCCGAGAUCGAUACAUCGGCGCCGUUUGAGUCCGUUAAAGAGGCUGUGAGUCGAUUCGGUGGAGUCGGUUACUGGAAACCCUCUCAAUAUAGACUCUAUGAAACUGAGCAGCAUGCGAUGGAGGAGGUUGAUAUUGCAAAUGUGGAAGUGCAAGCAUCACAGUUGGAGAAGGACUUGAUUUUGAAAGAAAGGGAAACACUAGAAGUUUUAAAAGAGCUGGAAUCAACCAAGAUGAUAGUGGAAGAAUUGAAAUUGAAGCUACAGAAGGAAGCGUCUGAAGUGAGUAUGACACUUGCUUCAAAGACUGAUUAUAAGAAUGAGGCUCCUGUGGUGAAUGAAGAAGAAAAGGAAAACCAUGUUGAGUCUGUUCAAAAUAUGGUGGGUGGUUUCAAUGCUUGCCCCUCUUCAGCUCCAGGUUUAAUCUUAAUGGAGCUGAAACAGGCUAAGUUGAACCUUUCCAGGACUACUAGUGAUCUUGCUGACAUCCGAGCUUCUGUUGAGUCUCUUAACAAGAAAUUAGAGAAGGAAAGAAUUUCACUGGAGAAAACCCGUGAAAGAUUGAGCCUGAAUUCUUCCAAGGUAUCGUCUCUUGAGGAAGAGCUAAACCAAACAAGACUAAAGCUGCAACAGGCAAAAGAUGCUGGUGGUUCUGAUAAUCCUGUAGAUAUUUCAAUGGAGCUCCAAAGGUUGAGCUCUGAGGCAGAACAAUUCAAAAAAGUGGGAGAAGCAGCAAGAUCGGAAGUUUUGCGAGCAAUAUCUGAGAUUGAGCAGACAAAAACUAAAAUAAAAACAACUGAAAUCAGGUUGGUUGCAGCUAGAAAAAUGAAGGAAGCAGCUAGAGCAGCAGAAGCUGUUGCUUUCGCAGAGAUCAAGGCUCUAUCAAACAGUGAGAGCUCAUCUGGAGUUCUCUCACCAAAAUGUGAGGGAGUAACACUUUCAUAUGAAGAAUAUUCUUCCCUAACCUGCAAGGUUCAAGAUGCUGAAGAAUUAUCUAAGAGGAGAGUGGUAGAUGCUAUGCUUCAAGUCGAUGAUGCAAAUGUUUCUAAAAUGGAAAUUUUAAAGAGGGUAGAAGAAGCAACCGCAGAAGUCAAAACCAGUAAGAAGGCCUUGGAAGAAGCUCUUAACCGAGUAGAGGCUGCAAAUCGGGGGAAGCUGGCAGUGGAAGAGGCUCUUCGGAAAUGGAGAUCAGAGAAUGGCCAGAAAAGACGUUCUGUACACAACUCGACCAAGUUUAAGAAUUCUUACCCAUCUCAACAUCGGAAAGAUCCUCGUGUGCUUGAUGUAAAUGGACUGAAUUUGGUCGGUGAUGUAUCAAACCCUGUUUUGAAGCCAACCUUAUCAAUAGGUCAAAUAUUGAGCAGGAAGCUACUCGUCGCAGAGGAGUUUGAGAUGGCAGAAAGAGAUGCCGUGAAGAGAAAGGUAUCCUUGGGCCAAAUUCUCAGUAAACAAAAUGGUGAUGCGCCCUCAUUUCGGAAGGCUGAGAAGGAAAAUAGUCGCAAGCGGUACUCUGGAAAGAGGAAGAAGUUUGGAUUUGCUCGCUUCUCGCUGCUUUUGCCUAAGCAAAGUAAGAAAAAGAAGCCAACUUUAAACUUGAGAUGAUGCAGUGGAUGACCUUCCCGAGCUUUCAAUAAGCCACUAACAUUUCUAAUAUGUUUGUCUGUGUCUUGUUUAUGUUUAGUCGGAGCUGUCAUUUACAUUAUGUCCUUGUUUAUUUGGUUUACUAUCUAUAUUUCUUUGUUGUAAGGAUGUUGACGAUAUUUGUGUACUUAAGCUAUGAGAUUGUCGUCUAAAUAUUUCCUGCUUCAUU